AUGUUGUCACAAUACCCAGCAUACAGCACUUACAGCAACUACCUUACACAAACACAACUUGCAACAGAAAUUAACGCGAAGCCAACAAUAACAGUUCUUGUAGUCGAUAACAGUGGAAUGGCCCCAAUCUCAGGUAAACCAAUGGACGUAAUAAAAAAGGUGUUAAGCGUACACGUGAUACUGGAUUACUUCGACGUUCAAAAAUUCCAGCACUUGGGAAACAAAACAAUAACAGUGAGCACAAUGUUUGAAUCUAAAGGGAUGGAGAGAUUCAUAAAGAUCACCGAUCUAAACACAGGAGCAGUAACCUUUACCUCUGCUGCUGAUCCUAAUCCAACAGGUGCCAAUUUGAUUAAAGCUAUUGUUGCACAACCAUACAAUAUUUCACUCGUGCAGAUCAGCACCGUCAUAAUCCCACCUUCUCUCCUUGCUUCCUCCAAUGCUACUACAUCAACCUCACCUGUUCCUGUUCCUGUAGUAUCACCUGUUCCUGUUGUAUCACCUGUUCCUGUUGUAUCCCCUGUUCCUGUAGUAUCACCUGUUCCUGUAGUAUCACCUGUUCCUGUUCCUGUUGUAUCACCUGUUCCUGUUGUAUCACCUGUUCCUGUUAUCACACCAGUUGUAGUUCCAGUGCCUGUACUUUCACCAGUUCCUGUAAAGUCCCCUGUGCCGGUUGUAUCGCCGGUUCCUGUAGCAGUACCAAUUGCAGUUCCGGUGCCGGUAAUAUCACCUGUCGGAGUUCCCGUGCCGGUAUUAUCUCCAACAAAUCCAGAUGAUGCUGCUGCUGAUAACAAUAAUAAUGACAAUAAUAAUAAUGGAGAUGGAAACCAGUCAGGGGUGAUGAAAUCUGAUGUGAACAAGGCUUUAGCUAUUUCUCUUAUUUUCUCUUCAAUCUAUGUGUUGCUGUCUAGCUCCAUCAUGUAUAAUACAUUUUCAUGA